UAGAAAAGGAAAUCAGUUUAGAUACGUACCCUGGGUGAACCUAACAGGAUGCAAGAGGCCAUCUGAACUGCACUUUUCAAACCCACAGAAACCCCUCCUCUGUCAUGUCCCAAAAACAAAGCCGCCUCCAGUCAUGUUGAUAAGAUGGAUCUUGUUGUACAGCCUUCUAGUAAUGCUGGCUCAGAGCAACAAUCAAGAGUCCGGAGAGUCUGCAAACACCACCACGCUUUCAUCAGAAUUUUUAGAUGCCACUACUAAGUCAAAAGAACAUGGAAAAAACAAGACAUUGCACAUUAUUUAUGCUUCAGUAUCCGUGGGUCUAUGUUGUCCAUUCAUCUUCAUAUGCGUGUUUUGGAGUCUAAGGAGGUACCAUGGAAAGCAUAAGAGAUCUCCAUCAACACCACAGAGACGAGAGAGCCGGAUCAGAAGUCCAUCAGCAAUUCCAUCCCAUGCAGCUGGGACAACUCCAGCCUCAGAUGAAAACUCCUCACUUUAUUGCUCCAUGUCUAGCCCACCUCAGCUCUUGCCUGGCAACAAGAUUUAUGACAAUGUUCCUCACUGUAAUGCUCAGGAGACAGCAUCUAACUCACCUUGUAAUGAUCCUUCCAUCCCAGCUUCACUUGAAAGCCAAGAUGUCCUCAUAUACGCCUCACUAAAUCAUUCUGCUUCUGCAAAAAGAUACCAGAGAAGGAAACUCUCUAUAGAAAAUGAAUUUAUAGAAUAUGCCUCUAUUAAGAUAAAUAAAUAAAUAUGGCAGACAUCUCCAGACAGCCAUUUUGCAUGCAGUCUCUGGUUUAUCUUCCCUCCAGGAUCUUUCCUUUCUCUCCUAGGGAAAACUUUCCUUUUGUUUAGAAGAACCUGUGGAUGCUCCCCCACUACACACAGGAAUUCAAAACACAGCCUGUGUCAUUCAGGUGGGUGGGUAAUUGCACUGGGUGUUUGUCUCUUAAGUAGAGGAAUAAAAGGAAACACAGCCAGCUUUCCUGUUCUUCCUUUUGCUCAGGAUUCUGCUUCCACUCUGACCUUUUGUUGUGGUUUGAACAGAGGCAUAGGGGAGUAGAAGAGAGGGCUUUCUUAGGUCAUAAACAUGUAAAACGAAUCCAUGAGGAAGAUAAUACUUAGCCAAAUUAAUUCCUCCAAAGCAAAUACUAAAAAUGCAUAGGGGAGAAAUUUUCUCUGAGUUUCUAAUAACACCCUUACAAGGAUUCUGUUUCUCAUUCCAGUUUAUCUCCUUGCAAAAUUCCUUGAACAUCAGGAACGCAUAAUCCUCUUAUUAACUAAACUCAUAUCAAUACUUUUGCUUGUUUGCUUCUUGUGGGGAACAGGCAAGAAGAUGGAAAAGAAAAGGUGGUUUUCCUUUUAUAAAGAAGUCACACAAAUAUUGUGUGAAAAUACGUAGAGUGUUCUCUUUUUUCCUCCUGGUGUGAUGACUGGUUAGCUAAGUUAACGCAUAUUGCUUUUGUCCAUGAUGGAUCGAUGGAAAUAACAAAUGAUGGGCAGUAACUGACCACAGUCAAAAUAAAAACAUUCUGUUUGUGAGUAGCUGUGUACAACUGUGCCACGCCAAGCUUUCCUCCCAACACUGGCACAAGAAUAUGAUUAUGCUUCAUGGUCAGGUUUGUGGAAAAAAAGAUAAAAAGGAGAUUAGGACCAAAGUGCCAUUUGAACUUUGAGGAGAAUGCUCAUGCCCUUCUUUUGCAGCACUUAUUUCAUUGUAGUUUGGAUACCAUGCAUCUGCACCUGCAACACAAUACUCUGAACAAUCACAUUUAGCAUUGCCUGCACCAAGAGGUUUGCAGAAGCAAAAAAAAAUUUUUAACUUGGUUAAAAAUUCAGACCACAACUGAAAAGGAAGAGUGUACCAGUUCUCAGCAUGCACAUAACGCACCAAAUGAUUUGCAGUUAAUGGAAGUCAAGCUUCUUCAUA